CAAACUUUCCUUUCCACUGGCCGAAAAGUAAAUGAAAUUGAAAGUAGAGAUUAAAGCAGAGUAUAUAAUAAUACUGGUAAUUAUAUCUAUGCUCAGAGAAACUGCUCAGCAACUGUAAAAAGAAUUUUCUAUAGAUAAAAAUGGAUGUAGACAACCAAAUAUUCAAAUGGCGCUGGUAUCCUGUUAAGCGCCGACUACAACCUGAACAUAUAUUAUUUGAAGCUGGUGACAAAGCUUGUCAUCAAGGCUCUAAGAUAAUUCCAAUAGAUAAUGCUAACAGUGAUGACUAUAUUGAAAAAAUACCAAUAUUUCCAUGUAGUAUAACUGGCUGUGGUGAAGUGUUUGAUAAUAUAUCAAGGUAUGAAUCUCAUUAUAACACAUUACAUCGUAAUAUUUGUACUGUAUGUCGUCGAGUGUUUCCAUCUAAUUAUUUACUAGAAAUACAUCUACAGGAAUGGCAUGAUGCCAUGUUUGAAAUUCUAGCAGCGAAACAGAAUAUGUACCAAUGUCUAGUAGAACAUUGUUUAGAAAAAUUUAAAUCCUGUAAACAGAGAAAAAAACACAUGGUAGAGCUUCACCAUAUGCCAGCAAAUUACAGAUUUGAUAAAGUGAAAAAAAAUAGAAAAGCACAGAAUGCUGCUUCUAAAGCAGAUGAGAAAAAUAUCAAAAAUGAUUAUGGCAUUGUACAACAAGAAAAUAAAUGUAUGGAAGAUGAGGAAUCGAAGACUACUGGUUCAGCUAAAAGAAUAUUUAGUUAUAAGGUACCUAAGAAUAUAUGUUUUGGUCAAGGAUCAGCUAGAGGUUUUAGUAGACCAGGACGUGGUCGAGGUAAACACUGGCACCAAACACAUAAACCUACAGAUAAAAAAACUACUGUUAAUAUAGAAAAUAUUGUUAUGACUGACUUAACUGAUGCACUAAAUGUUAGCUGAAAUAUGUUCCGGAAAAACAUAUUAAAAAUUAUAAUUUGAUGUUUAGAUGGAUGUGUAUUUUCAUACUCGGCAGAAUUUAAAACAAUGAAUUGAUGAUAGAUAUAGUCAUCUUAGCCUAUGACUUAGAAAGGGAAAAUAAAAAUCAAAAAUCAGUACCAUAGUGUAGUCUGGAUCAUACUAGUCUAUAUUAUCUUUAUUGAACUGUAUACUCCAACAGCUAGACAAAUAGUAACCCAUUCUCCCAAGCAUUGUUGUCUUCCCUUGCAAUUCACACUAACUCUUUUGCGAAAUAUGAACUGCGCAUGUUAUCGUGCUAAUUUUAGAAUAUGUACAUGUGGAUCUGUUUACCUUUUUAACACGAUCGUCAGGCCAUCUAUUUCUAAGGUCAGGUCUAUUACAUUUGUUCCCAUUAAACAUAAUCGGGUUAGAAUCAGUUCCUUUUCAACACGCAAAAUAGUCAAUUAGACUGAUUUUUUUAGGGGGUGGGGUCGGUUUGCUAAGGGUAGUAAUUGACCAAAUAUUUACCUAAAAUUUUAUAACGCCAGAAACUUUACUGACAGACCAUUUUCAUCAUGUAAUUAAUCAUGUGACUGAUGACCUCCGGGUCAAACCAGUGCAGAGUUGCAUGCUGAAUAGCGAGACUUGUGUGGAGAAUACCAGUAACAACAUAACCAAUGACUGGAAUGAUCAAGACUACUCACUGUUCGUUUAUUUUGUAUAAAGAAUUUUGCUGUACCCUUAUGUAAUUCAUCCAUAGAUAUAUGUCCAGUAUAAUAAAGAUGUUCUUUUAUCAUUCUAAA